AUGGAGACCUGGCUGCUGUGGUUUUGCAACUGGAGCACGCUGGUGGUGUGCGCGGCGCUCAAGCUGCCACAGAUCUCCGCCCUGCUGAGGGCGCGCAGCGCGCGGGGCAUCAGCCUCCCGAGUUUACUUCUGGAGCUGGCAGGAUUCCUGGUGUUCCUCAGGUACCAGCAUUACUAUGGCUACCCACUGCUGACCUACCUGGAGUACCCCAUUCUCAUAGCACAAGAUAUCAUCCUCCUCCUCUGUGUCUUUCAUUUUAAUGGGAAUGUAAAACAGGCUGCUCCAUACCUUGUUGUAUUCUUGUCUUCUUGGUUUAUCCUUACACUGAAGAAGUGGAUCAUAGAUACGGCCAUGAACUUGUGUACCUUUAUUAGUGCGGCCAGUAAAUUUGCUCAACUCCAGUACCUUUGGAAGACAAAGGACUCGGGAGCAGUGAGUGCCCUGACGUGGAGUCUCUCCUCCUAUACCUGUGCAACAAGAAUAAUCACCACCUUAAUGACCACCAGUGAUCUUACAAUUCUUAUACGCUUUGUGAUCAUGCUGGCUUUCAAUAUAUGGGUAACAGCUACAGUACUCCAUUACCGGAAGACUGCAGUAAAGACUGAAUAA